UGCCUUCACUGUAAGUGCUCCCAGGAAGAGCACAUCGUAACAGUUAUGCCUCUGGAGAUGGAGAAGACCGUCACGAAGCUCAUGUUUGACUUCCAGAGAAACUCAACAUCUGACGACGACUCGGGCUGUGCCUUGGAAGAGUACGCAUGGGUCCCCCCUGGGCUGAAGCCUGAGCAGGUGCACCAGUACUACAGCUGCCUGCCCGAGGACAAGGUCCCCUACGUCAACAGCCCGGGAGAAAAAUCUCGCAUAAAGCAGCUUUUGCACCAGCUGCCGCCACAUGACAAUGAGGUCCGCUAUUGCAAUUCCUUGGAUGAGGAGGAGAAGAGGGAGCUCAAACUCUUCAGCAAUCAAAGGAAGAGGGAAAAUUUAGGGAGGGGCAAUGUCCGGCCAUUCCCCGUAACCAUGACAGGAGCCAUCUGCGAGCAGUGCGGUGGCCAGAUCAACGGGGGGGACAUGGCCGUCUUCGCCUCGCGAGCAGGACACGGCGUGUGCUGGCACCCUCCCUGCUUCAUCUGCAGCGUCUGCAACGAGCUGCUGGUCGACCUGAUCUACUUCUACCAAGAUGGGAAGAUCUACUGCGGCCGGCACCACGCCGAGUGCCUCAAGCCCCGCUGUGCGGCGUGCGACGAGAUCAUUUUUGCUGACGAAUGCACCGAGGCCGAGGGGCGGCACUGGCACAUGAAGCACUUCUGCUGCUUCGAAUGCGAGACGGUGCUGGGGGGGCAGAGGUACAUCAUGAAGGAUGGCAGACCCUACUGCUGCAGCUGCUUCGAGUCCCUCUACGCCGAGUACUGCGACACCUGCGCCCAGCACAUCGGUAUCGACCAGGGCCAGAUGACCUACGACGGCCAGCACUGGCACGCCACCGAGACCUGCUUCUGCUGCGCGCAGUGCAAGAAGUCCCUGCUGGGACGGCCCUUCCUGCCCAAGCAGGGGCAGAUCUUCUGCUCCAGAGCCUGCAGCGUCGGCGAUUCUGACUCUGCUUUCCAGAGCGCACGAGCCAAGGAGUCCCGCCGCAGCGCCAAGAUCGGCAAGAACAAGGGGAAGGGCGAGGAGGGGGCGCGCAGCCCGUGCAACCAGCUGCAGGUCACCUCCAACCGCCUCUCCACCGACGUGGACCCGCUGUCCCUGCAGAUGGAUUUGCUGAGCCUGGCCAGCCAGACGCCAAGCCUCAACAGGGACCACUUGUGGAGGAGCCGGGACGAGCUCUAUCACUAUGGGAACAAAAUGGAGCAAAGUCAGUCCCAAAGCCCUUUGCAGCUUCUCAGCCAGUGCAACAUAAGGACCUCCUAUAACCCCAGCCAGGUCCCGGGCUCGCAGCCGGAUUUAUGGGCAAAACAUUUCAGCAACCCAAAGAGGAGCUCCUCGCUGGCGAUGAAGAGCCACAGCGGCAGCUUCAUCCAGGACUGCAGAGAGGACUACUACUCGGGGAGGCUUCGCUCGCAGGAGAGCUACAGCGACAUGUCCAACCAGAGCUUCCCCGAGACCAGAGGAAGCCUCAAAGUCCCCAAGUACGAAGAGGAAGAGGAGGGGGGGAUGCCGACGCCACAGUGCCGCACCCGGCACCCCAUCAACGCCCUCAAGUUCACGGACGACCUGACGCCCACUGAGCAGACUCCCCGUGGCUCCAUGGAGUCCCUGGCGCUCUCCAACGCAACAGGCCUCUCGGCGGACGGUGGAGCCAAGCGCCAGGAGCACCUCUCCAGGUUCUCGAUGCCCGACCUGAGCAAAGACUCGGGCAUGAACGUCUCGGAGAAGAUGAGCAACAUGGGGACGCUCAACUCCUCCAUGCAGUUCCGAAGCGCCGAGUCCGUCCGCAGCCUGCUCUCGGCGCAGCAGUACCAGGACAUG